GUUGGAGGAAUGCGCUGGAACGCGUGGCGUUGCCGGCGGAAUCGUUAAAUGAGGCUUUUCGGACUGUGAAGAUCCCUGAAGGACCAGUCUGAAGGUGCUGAGGGUCUCCCCCAUGCUGUAACUUGAGCCUGAAGGCACUCCUGGCUCUGAGUUGUCCAGCUGUGGAACUUCCCUCCCUUCAGGCAGUAGUUAUCUGCUGGGACCAAGGCUGGACAGACUGGACAAACUGCUCCAACCUUCCCUCUGAGGUUGUUUUCUAGGCUGAACAAGCUUGUGGAGCUUUUGUGUGCUGAGAUGUUUCACGUUUAGCCCUCAGCUCCAGUCAGGGGGAGUGUCUCGGCGCCUUUUUCCUCUUUUCCUCAGACUGGAGAGCAGAAGAAAGUUGAGCGAAUGGUGACUGACUGCUGGUGAAUCACUUUUUCCAGACAUACUGCUUCUAUUGCUUUACAGGGAAUGACCAAGCCUUGGGAGGAAGCACCGGGACUGUGUUUGAGAGCUUUUUUGCCGUUUUGAGACCCUUUUGAAUCUUUAAAGAAGUAAACAUCUAUAAAAAGCCAGGGCUGAAGUUGCAGGAUGUAGGCUGAAACAAACUGGGAUUUGUUUUUUUCUCUUUUCUGUCCAUCUCCAUGCAGUUCUUCUGGACCAUGAUGAGUGAUUUUUGUGUUUUGGGAUUAUUUCUGUUACCUGGCUGGAAGCGAAUGGCAGGAGGACACUGCUGAGACCCCUUUCUCUCUCUGAUGGAGCUACAGCUGGGAUGCGGUUUGCUCUACUGCUUUCUGCUGCCGGCGUUCCUGCUAGCAGCCUGCCUGUUCCGCUACAACGCCCUCUCUUUAGUCUACCUUCUCUACCUGCUGCUGUUGCCAUGGUUUCUCUGGCCCAACAAACAUACACUGCGAGGUCACACAGGGCGCUUCAUUAAGGCUUUAUUCAGCACCAGUCUGCUCUUUCUGCUGGCUCAUGUCUGCUUCCAGAUUUGCCUCUACACCGUCCCGGAUCUGGACUAUGCACUGGGACACAACUGUAGCUCAUGGGAUACGCUGGCGAGGCACAUCGGUAUGUCCAGGCUGCCCCUGGAUAAGCCCUGGACAGUGGUGCGGCUCCUGGCCCCUGACCUGGGCAUCUUCAUCAUCUCUCUGAUCACCAUGGUGCUGUGUAACCGCUUGGUGAAGAGCAGAGAGGAGGGGACCACAGCCCAUAGCUCCACCCUGAACCAGGAGGAGGCUGGUACAGAUGAGGAAGAAGAGGAGGAGGAAGAUGAGGAGGAGGAUGGUAGGCAGUCAUCCAGCGCACCGGAGGAAGAGUCCAGCAGAGCAGAUCUGCUUGCUGCCCGUCUGCGAGCCGCGGCCCAGCGCUUCCUCAGGAACGUGGGUCGGCUCCUGGCCGUCACACUGCUGGCUCUGGCUGGGAUCACCCUGCCCUCCGCCUUCUCUGCCCUCUACUUCCUGCUGUUCAUCGGUGUGUGUACCUGGUGGGCCUGCCACUUUCCCAUCAGCCAACUGGGCUUCAACGCGCUGUGUGUGAUGGUCAGCUUCUUCUCGGCGGGCCACCUUGUGUGUCUAUACCUGUACCAGAGUACUUUUGCCCAGAGCAUCUUCACCCCGAGCAGCCUGUGGGCCAGGCUCUUUGGCCUCAAGGACAUAAUAAAGCCUACAAACUGUUCCUCCUUCGGUGACCUCAUCCUUAACACGGAGCAUGACUGGCCUGUAUACGUCAACCCUGGCAUCCUCUUGCUCCUCUACAUCACCGUGACAACCGUUCUGAAGAUCAGCAGCCAUAGUUACACUGAGACUAUUGUGGGUGAAGCCAAGGUUACAGAAAGUGGAAAUGGAGAGGAGGUGGAGCUAAGACCGUGGGGAGCGCGAAAAAGCACUGGAGAUGACACUAAGCAAAUGCUGCUGGCCACAGGUGAAAGCCCUGGGCAGGAAUCAGACCCGCCUAACACUAAAGAGCAUGUCACUAAUGGUUCCAGUCAGCAUGAACUAGGGAUCGAUGGAGAGGCUCCAGAGAAGCAGGAGGAGGACAGCCCACUGCGUUUAGUGGGGAAGAUGAUCAUGCAGCAAAGUUACGUCUGUGCUCUCAUCGCCAUGAUGGUGUGGAGUAUAACCUACCACAGCUGGCUGACCUUCGUGCUGCUGCUGUGGGCGUGUCUGAUCUGGAUGCUGCGAGCGCGUCGUCGUUUCGCCAUGCUCUGCUCGCCCUUCAUCCUGCUGUACGGCCUGGGGCUCUGCGGCCUGCAGUACGUGUGGGCCAUGGACCUGGAGCCCGAGCUGCCCCAGAACGUGGGCUACAUGAGCCUGAGGCAGAUGGGUCUGGACCGAGCGUACUACCCCUGUUUACGCCUCGGAGCCAUGCUGCUGUUCACACUGACGUUUUGGCUGCUGUUAAGACACUCAGUAAAGGACAUAUUCUGCAAGAAGAAGCAGGCUGCUCCGCUGCAGGAGGUCACCACUGGAGAGAAUGCAGGGCGUGAUGACUCCAUUCUAAAGCUGCUGGGCAGAGUGGUGAUGAGCCUGUAUGCCAAGUAUUGGAUCUAUGUUUGUGGAGGGAUGUUCAUCAUGGUCAGCUUCGCCGGAAAGCUUGUAGCCUACAAGAUCAUCUACAUGCUGCUGUUUCUGCUCUGCAUGUGCCUCUACCAGGUGUAUUACUCUCUCUGGAGGAGGCUCCUGAAACCCUUCUGGUGGUUGGUAGUGGCCUACACCAUGCUGGUGCUCAUUGCUAUCUACACCUUCCAGUUUGAGGACUUCCCAGGCUACUGGAAGAACUUCACCAGCUUCACAGAGGAACAAUUGGCUGACAUCGGACUGGAGACAUUUAAACUGUCGGAACUCUUCACCAGCAUCAUGAUCCCUGGUUUCUUCCUGCUGGCCUGCAUCCUGCAGCUGCACUACUUCCACAAACCCUUCAUGAAGAUCACUGACCUGGAGCACGUCACGCCCCUGAACAGAAAGAGAUCUGUCCCGAAGCCAGAGGUGCUCCAGAGUUCAGAAGGAGGAGGCUUUGAGGAGGAGGACCUGCAUACGGAGCUGGGAGAUGAUGAGUCAGAAGAUGGCGUGAUGGUGCCCAGUAAGUGGGGGCUGGUGAUGGACAGGCUGAUGGUGCUCUUUAGGAAGUUUUCAGACAUCCUGACCCUGAUCCAGGCCUUUAUCUGGAGGAUCCUGGAGCUCCACAUCCUCAAGAUCGUGGCCUUCUUUGUCGUCUGGGUGGCCCUGUUGGAGCCAUCUGUGAUGAAUCUGGUGUUGGUGGUGUUGUGGUCCUUUGCCAUGCCGUACGCUCGUUUCAGACCCAUGGCCUCCUGUCUGUCCACGGUUUGGGUUUGCGUCAUCAUUGUCUGCAAAAUGCUUUACCAGCUCAGCAUCGUUAAUCCUAACGAAUACUCCAGCAACUGCAUCGUGCCUCUUCCCAAUGAGACCAGUCUAGAGAGCAACGAGAUACUGAACUCCACGCUUUACAAAGAACCAGUGGAUCCAGCUAACUGGUUUGGGUUCAGAAAGGAUGCAACUGCUUUAGGCUACAGUAAGAAUCAUCUGCUGGUGCUGCUGCUGUUGGUGUUUGAGGCGACGGUUUAUCGGCACCAGGUUCAUCACUACAAGCAGCUCCAGCGCUCUCCUCCAACUAUCCCAGCCAUCUUCCCCCAGGCCACGCGAGACAAACUGGACCAGGGCCUGCUCCCCUGCAUCAAAUACCUGCUUAACUACAGCUUCUACAAGUUUGGCCUGGAGAUCUGUUUCCUGAUGACGGUGAAUGUGAUUGGCCAGCGCAUGAACUUCCUGGUCAUUAUGCACGGUUGCUGGUUGGUUGCGAUCAUGGUGCGGCGGCGCCGGGCAGCCAUCGCCAAAAUCUGGUCCAAGUACUGCCUCUUCCUGGUCAUCUUCAUGAUCUACCAGUACAUCCUAUGUGUGGGAAUCCCCCCGGUUCUCUGCAUCGAUUAUCCAUGGAGAUGGAAAACGUCACUCACCAUCAACUCAGCACUGAUCAAAUGGAUCUACCUGCCUGAUUUCUACACCAUCCCCAACUCCAAAAACCUCAUCGCGGAUUUCCUGCUGCUGAUGUGCGCCUCUCAGCAGUGGAAGGUGUUUGAGAACGAGAAGAAGGAGGAGUGGAUGGUGAUGGGAGGAGAAAACAAUGAUAACCCGGACCCCAUGGAAGGAAUCCCCUUUAACCCGGCCCCAAACUUCAUCAACUGCAGGUCAUAUCUGGACAUGGCGAAGGUCCUGGUGUUCCGGUAUAUGUUCUGGUUCGUGUUGGCUGUGGUGUUCGUGACGGGUUCUACUCGGAUCAGUGUUUUUGGUCUGGGUUAUCUGCUGGCCUGCUUCUUCUUCCUGCUGUUCGGCACUCAGCUGCUGAUUAAACGGUCCCGCACCAGGCUGCUGAUGUGGGACUGCCUCAUCAUCUACAACGUCGCCGUCAUCAUCUCCAAAAACAUCCUAUCUAUCCUGGCCUGUGUGUUUGUAGCUGAGAUGCAGUCUCGUUUCUGCUGGGUGAUCCAGCUCUUCAGUCUGGUCUGCACAGUCAAAGGCUACUAUGACCCUGAGUCGCUGAGCGAUAAGGACUGCAGUUUGCCUGUAGAGGAGGCCGGCAUUAUCUGGGACAGCAUCUGCUUCUUCUUCCUCCUGCUGCAGAGGAGAGUCUUCCUCAGCUUUUACUUCCUGCAUGUGACAGCGGACCUGCAGGCUUCAGCGCGACAGGCCUCCAGGGGUUUUGAGCUGUUCAGAGCCAGCAUCAUAAAGAACAUGCGUUUCCAUCAACAAGCAGAGAAGAAAUCCAUCCAGCAACUGAAAAGCUCGAUGCAGCGAAUCCGUGAUAAGCAGGAGAAAUAUAAAGAAGGUCGAAAGGCAUCCGAGACAGAGGAGCACCCAUCAGAGUUGCAAGAGGAGAGGACAGAGAGGAAGGAAAAGAAGGAAGGGAAGUCCUCCAGUCAGAAAGAGUGGUACCGGCCCUGGAUAGACCACGCAACAGUGUUGCAUUCUGGAGAUUAUUACCUGUUUGAGUCUGACAGUGAAGAGGAGGAGGACGUCUCAGUCGAGGAGCAGAAACAACGUAGACAGACUGCAUUUCAGCUGGCGUACCAGGCGUGGGUGAGGAGUGCUAAACAGGCACUGAGAGAGCGACAGCAGAGACAGAGAGAGCAAAGACUGGAGAGAGAGAGACAGCAGGCCAGCUCACGAGCCUCAGGUGAUGGUGAGGAGGCUGGUGCUGGGGUGUCACAGGUGGAGGAGCAGGAGCUUGGAGAGGAAGCAGAGGAGUCAGGGACUGGCAGUGAUACAGUGCAGCGGAUUCUGGACAUCCUCAAGUUCCUCUGGGUUCUGUGUCUGGCCAUGGUGGAUGGUUUGACCCUCUGGCUCAACAUGCUCACCAAACAAUAUGUAGACACGUCCACGGUUCUGUGUGAUGAGCGCUACAUGCUCACUCACAACAUCAGCCAGAUGCCCUCCAGGGAGCCCAUGGAUGACCAACUGUCCCAGGGCAGUGAGAGCCCCACUCUGGAGACAUGUCUAGAUGAGACGGAUACAGACGUCGUUAAUGUCAGCGGAGCUGUGAGUGCUGCUGGGCUGGAGGAAAUCAGCGAGUUGGAUGGUGCGCAGGGCUGCAGCAGCACCACCCUGAGCUCCCAGCCGACCUUGCAGCUGGAGGCGGAGUCACGCGCCUACCGACGCCAGCGCCGCUCCAGAACGGCCAGCGAGCUGCUCUCAGACAGGCCUUAUUGCAUAGAGGAGCUGGUGCAGAGUCGAGAGUUCUACAGCACUCAGAAUCGGCUGCUGAAGCUCCUCUUUGCUCUCUACAACGUCCUGGCCGCCCACUCGGAGCUGGUGUGUUAUUUCAUCAUUGUGCUGAAUAAUGUGGUGACUGCAUCGGUCAUCUCUCUGGUCCUACCCAUCCUGACCUUCCUCUGGGCCAUGCUGGCUGUGCCUCGGCCCUCAAAGAGCUUCUGGAUGACCGCCAUCGUUUACACAGAGGUCAUGGUUGUGGUGAAGUACUUGUUCCAGUUUGGCUUCUACCCUUGGAACAGUGUACGCGUGACCAAUAUGAACAAGAACGAUCCCUUUUUCAUUCCACGGAUCCUCGGCCUGGAAAAAACUGAUAACUACAUUCGCUACGACUUGCUGCAGCUGCUGGCUCUGUUCUUCCACCGCUCACUGCUCCAGCGCUAUGGGCUGUGGGAUCAGGAGGGCCCUCUGGAGGAGAAGGCCAGUCCAUCCUCAGAGCAGGAGAAAGCAAAGAAGGAGGGGGAGGAGAUGGACGCUGGUGUCUUUGAGCUGGAUGACAAGACUCCAGAGCCUGACCAGGAGGCUCAGACACAAACAGAUACACAGACAGAAACACAGACUGACCCUGAGCAGAGCCAGAGUGCAGAGAUAACCCCCGAACCGCCCAGUCCACACAAGGAACAGGGCAAGAGGAAGGGCCUGCUGCGGUUCCGCAAGAGGAAACCAUCAAAUAAAGAUACCACAGCGAAAGAGACUAAGAAGAAGAAGAAGGCCAAAGCGAAGCGUAGAGAGGAAGCCAGUAAAAAGCUGAAGGCCUUUGGAGAAAAACUCAAGGGCUUUUUCGUCUCUGUAGUAAGGAACGUCUAUAGGCCGCCCUACAGAUUCUUCCAGAAUAUCCUGCAUGCAGAGUAUCGCGCUGCCACUGACGUGUACGCUCUGAUGUUCCUCACUGAUGUGGUGGAUUUCAUCAUCAUCGUGUUUGGCUUCUGGGCAUUUGGAAAACACUCAGCGGCAACCGACAUCGCCUCCACUCUGUCAGAGGAUCAGGUGCCCGAGGCUUUCCUGGUCAUGCUUCUCAUCCAGUUCAGCACCAUGGUCAUCGACCGAGCCCUCUACCUGCGCAAAGCCAUGCUCGGAAAACUCAUCUUUCAGGUCAUUCUGGUAUUCGGCAUCCACCUGUGGAUGUUCUUCAUCCUGCCUGCAGUCACAGAGAGGAUGUUCAGUCAGAACUUUGUUGCUCAGCUCUGGUACUUCGUCAAAUGCAUCUACUUCACUCUGUCGGCCUAUCAGAUCCGCUGUGGCUACCCCACACGCAUCCUCGGAAACUUCCUCACCAAGAAGUACAACCAUCUCAACCUUUUCCUCUUCCAAGGGUUCCGCUUGGUGCCGUUUUUGGUGGAGCUUCGGGCUGUGAUGGACUGGGUCUGGACUGACACCACACUGUCUCUUUCCAACUGGAUGUGUGUGGAGGACAUUUAUGCCAACAUAUUCAUAAUAAAGUGCAGCCGAGAGACAGAAAAGAAAUAUCCUCAACCGAAAGGCCAGAAAAAGAAGAAGAUCGUGAAGUACGGAAUGGGUGGGCUCAUCGUCUUCUUCCUUAUCUGCAUCAUCUGGUUCCCACUGCUCUUCAUCUCACUGGUCAGAUCAGUUGUGGGUGUGGUCAACCAUCCUGUGGAUGUAACGGUCACAGUCAAGCUGGGAGGUUACGAGCCCCUGUUUACGAUGAGCGUCCAGCAGCAGUCUAUACAGCCGUAUACGCAAGAGCAAUACGUCAGCCUCACCAAGUGGUUUGGAGAUAACGCAGUGGCAAUGCAGUUCAUUACACUGUACAGUUAUGAGGACAUCGUAACAGCCAACAUUGAGGGCAGCUCAGGGUCAGUCUGGAGGAUCAGCCCACCAAGCAGACAGGAACUCAUUAAGGAGCUGCUGGGCAGCGCAGACAUGACCCUGCGACUGGCCUGGAACUUUCAGAGGGACCUGAGUAAAGGUGGAACAGUGGAGAACACUUUUGAUAAACACUCCAUCAAUCUGGAGCGUGGAAACCCAGUGAGAGCAGAUUUGGCCUUAUUGCUGGAGGGAAAUCGCACAGAGCCAGUCCUAGUGCCGCACAUGUUCCCCAACUUCAUCAGAGCACCAAACGGAGCCGAGGCCAAGCCAGUCAGCCAGCUGUACGAGGGAAAUGAGGAGGGCUACCAGAACGUGACGCUGUCUCUGAAGAGGGACGGCUCUCUGGAGUGGUGGGACAUCAGCAUCGCGGGCUGUAACACGUCUUCAGUAGCCUGCAAGGUCUUACGCAUGGACAUCUUCAACGACAAAGUUAGCCCACCCAGUCUGGGCUUCCUGGCUGGAUAUGGGAUCAUGGGGCUGUACGUGUCGGUGGUUCUGGUGAUCGGUAAGUUUGUCCGAGGCUUCUUCAGCGAGAUUUCACACUCCAUCAUGUUCGAGGAGCUUCCAUGCGUGGACCGCAUCCUCAAACUGUGCACGGACAUCUUCCUUGUCCGAGAGACGGGCGAGCUGGAGCUGGAGGAGGAGCUCUACUCCAAACUCAUCUUCCUGUACCGCUCCCCAGAGACCAUGAUCAAAUGGACGAGGGAGAAGAACAAAGACUAGACUCGUAUUUGUCCACCUGAACUACCUGUCCUUUUCGUAGCGUCACCCGGUGCAGGUGAGGCGCUCUUAUUCAGUGCCUUCGUUUAGACGUGGCCUUUCUGUGGGCCCAGCUGGAACGAGUGGAGCUUCAGCGUUAAGACUCAUCCAUGACGUGGCACUUGCUGAGGCUGUAACGAUGUUUUAUGAGCACAGAGAUGAGCACAUAGCGAUUUCUUCUCAAUGCUGCUGAGCUAUGCUGACACAGUGCGUGUUUGAGAGAGAGAGAGAGAGAGUGAGAGUGAGAGUGAGAGUGAGAGUGAGAGAGAGAGAGAGAGAGAGAGUGAGAGUGAGAGUGAGAGUGAGAGUGAGAGAGAGAGAGAGAGAGAGAGAGAGAGAGAGAGAGAGGCUCUCUGAAUCUAAGGGCUUGGGUAUACAGGGGUUUACUAGGUUUCUGUUCAUUAAGGCUGAGCCAUGCUUACAUAAUCCAGUUUCCGGCAGAGCCCCAGGCUCAAACAGCCUUAUUGCGUGAAUGUGACCUUAUCCUAAUUCUGACCUUGAAUACGUUGCUGUCUGGGAUUUUCCUUACAAUACACUCUGUAAAUGGACAAGAGGUCAGGCGGAGAUCUUCUGAUAGGACCUUUUAUGCUCCAAAACAAACACUAUUGUAAUGUAUUUGAUCAUGUAGAUGAUAAACGCACCAAAAACUUUGUUUGUUUACAAAAAAAAAAAAAACACCCGACAAACAAAGACAGCUACACCCUUCAAAAAUAAAGGUGCCAGAAUGGCGCAAUGCCAUAGAAGAACCAAUCUCCUAAAAAAACCUUUCAGUGGAUGAUCCUUUAUAGAGCCAUUUUCAGAAGUGAGAUGUAUGAAUGAGAAGCAUAUUUAUAGGUUAAAGAACCAACACAUAAUAUACAAGGUUCUAGCCCUUAAACUGGUACGGAACCUUUAUAUUAUGUGAAGGUUUAUUAAUACUUUCAAACAGGACUGUCCAAAUUGGCCUGCCAGAAAUCCCAUCCCCUCACUCACUGUGAGAACAGAUCUAUUUUAACACUAUUUAAUUGUUAUUUUCCCUCUGAAAAUGUUUUUUUGUAAGUAUUUUAGCUUCGUAGUGUCCAUCCAUCCAUCCAUCCAUCCAUCAUCUUCCGCUUCUCCGGGGUUCGGGUCACGGGGCAGCAUCCUAGCUUCGUAGUGUAAUUUUAUAAAUAUACGUUUAACAUUCAUGUUUUGUCUUUUUGGCCUAUAACCCAACACAAACACUGCAACCCCCAAGCCAAAAAAGAACAGCCCUGCUUUACAAGAUCAUUAAUAUUUCACAAUACUUUUCAGACAUGGUUCUUUAGUGAACCAGAAGUGGUUCUUCUGUGGCAUCGCUUAUUAAGGCACCUUUAUUAUUAUUAAGCGUGAUUAAAAAUGGUUAUUAUUAUGAAUUUCUUAUGAGGCAAAAGGCUUGAAGUUGUAUGUAGUUGCAGUUAGGGCUGGGUAUCAUUCAAAACUUUUCAUUAAAGGUAGCUUGAUCUUUUCUGAGAGAUACAGUUUAGUGCCUUAUUUUAAAUGGAAGGUGGGUGUGGCUUAAACAAGAAAUCAGUAAGAAGUGCUGGAAGUGGGUACAUAUGGAUCGCUGACUAAUCAACGUAUGUUUACCUGCACUUCAUAAUCCGAUAACUGCAGAAAAUCAGAUUUUGCCAGUAAUGUGAUUGUGUUUUUAUGCACUUGAGUAAUACGAUAAUGGGAAAACUCCGGGUCUAUACAAGUCAGACAGUAAUUAGAUUUCUGCUUUAGAACCAGCCAAUAAACUCACAGAAUAAGAUGUGACGUUAAUGUAAAAUCAAACUUCAUGCUGCAGCUUUUUAAAAAAACUGUCGCUUUACCUGAAAAUAUUAACAUACAUCGUCUAGAAGACCAGAAAUAUUUCAGCGUCACUCCAAGUGUUUUGCUGCGUCUCACGGCAACGCUGGCUUGUUUUUCCAGUACCGCUGUCUGAGAAAAACCCGAAAGAAAUCAGAGUUUACAUGCACUGAGAAAUCUGAUUACUGAGCUAAACUCAGCUCUCACUCAGAUUUCUAGAUCAGCGUAUACUGUUUACAUGACCGUUCUGAUAAUCGGAUAACUGCAGAAAUCCGAUUAUCAUCGGAUUAUUGAGUGCAUGUAAACACGUUGUUAAUGAAUGUGGAAUGUAAGACUGACUACUUUGGUUAUUGAGAUUUGGUAUUGACUCACAUGGAAUGUUUUUAUUCUCUAGUAUUGAAGCAGUUAGACAGCAUUGAGGCAGUUGCUGCCACAGAAGUACUGAGUUUUGAUACCCAGCUCUAAUUGCCGGAGGCGGAAAGACUUGCCUUUUUCCUGGAGUCGUACAGCUAAUAAGAAUGAAUGGAAAAUGACACUUAAAAUUGCCGUCUACUAGAUUGCCAUGUUACAUGAUAAAGUUUUAUAUGGUAAGUAUCUUUCUAGAAUACUUUUACACAUCCUUUAGUUUCAUUUUCUUACCUGCCAAUUUUGGUAGCGCAUUAUUUUGCGAGUCCACUGUAGUCGUUCACAUUGUCUCAGCGAAAUGCCACAUAAGUUAAAUGUAAUAGAGUCUGUUAAACUUAAUGGCAAAGCUAAACCUAAUCCUUCAGCCUAGACCAUAAACUUGACCCUAACCCUAAUGCCUUUGAUAACCAAGUUUCUCCAGAUAGUUUAACAGUCUGAGAACUUGUACCGUAGCUAUAGGGGGCUCCCAAAAUAUUGCGUGACCCAAAAUUCUAAUUAUUUUAUCAGUGAUGGCUGGAAUUUUUACUGUACAAACACAAUAGCAAAAACAUCCUUUUCUAACUUUCAUACUUUUCGAAAGACCUGUAACUUUCUAUUUAUUCAUAUUUUCACAAGUCUAUUUUCAGAAAAUCAAAUGUGAUGUGAAAAAUCUUCGUGACAAUUGACAUUUUGCAAAAUAACAGUACAUAUUAAAAUCAAUGCACCUCUA